CAGGCCAUAAAUCAAAAUUAAGCGAUUACAGUUUCUCUCUCUCUCUCUCUCUUCUGAAAAUUGGGUCUGUGUUAAACCCUGGGAAAAAAUGUUGAAGUUCUUGUCGAAGGUGAGGAUCGAGUUCAACGCACUGGACCCACGAUUAGCUUCGUGCAUGGAGUUUUUGGCGCAGUGCAAUGCGCGCAAGGCCAAAGAAUCGAACCCCAGUUGCCAGGUCCAAAUCAAGCGCCGCACCGACGAUUUCCCACCCAGGAUCACCGUCACUUUCGUCAACGGCGUUGAGGAAACCUUCGACGCCACCGCCACUCCGGCCCAGGAUAUCCGCACCAUGAUUCUCGAUAAGGGCCAGUUUCUCGAGACCGAGCAGAUGUUUAAGGAAGCUGGUGAGAAGUGGCCGGUUGUUAUCCCCGAUGAAGAGCUUCUUCAACCCUUCACCGGAAUCAAGCCAAAGAAGGCAGAAGAGAAGCAGCAGUAAAUCGUCGUCAUCAUCUAUGAGUGAAUUAAAUGAUAUUGGAUCGAUCAGAUGCAGUUGGAUAGGUUUAAGCCAAGAAAUCAUAAAUCGAAAAAAAAAUGCAAUAUAGAGGUCAAAUUGCUGAAUUAGUUGCUAACAUGUUCUCCUUCGUAUGGACGUAUAAGAUUAUUGCGUGUAAUCGAGACCUUUAUUCAUUCUCGUGUCUCUUGUAAAACGUACUGGUGCAGCUGUUUGUUCUCCUUUUCUAUUCGGACAUCAAACAAGAUUUCUGUGUUCUUUUUAAUAACUAAUUGCUUGUACCAUGACGGUGGAUCAUGUUAGCAUA